AACAAAGUUGGCAGUCCAUAAAAAUGCUCUGGCCGCGAGUGGGCGAAAAUUAGUAGCCACAUCAAUUUCAGCGCGGCGAGGCAAACUUAAUUAAAACGCGUGUUGGCCAGACAAAAUUUCGGACGCUGUCGAGACUUAAUUGAAAUUUAACCAACCGCCCGUGCCGCCAACAAAUGCGUUGGCCAUCGGCCUCCAGGCUGCCUUUGCCCGGGUAGAUUGCCCAUGUCCAUGUCCAUGUCCACGGCCUCGUCCUUGCCGCACUGAUCGCCCACCGAAGCCCAAGUGCAACAGGAACUACCGGCGAUGCAGUCGCUGUUGCUAGCGUUGAUGUUGCUGCUGCAGCAGCAGCAGCCAUUGCUGGGGGGGCGGCAAUUAGUCGGGCUGACUGAUGAUGGAAGGUCGGCCGCCGCAUUAAGCGACAAUUUAAAUUCAACGUUAGUACCUGGUAAAACCAUAAAAGCCAUUGAGCGACAGAUGAAAGCUGCAGAUGAAGUGGCAGCCGGUCCCGCUGAAAAGUUGUUGCAAGUGACACCUGCAAACCAAUUACCUGUGGACACACCACCGACAACCUCCGCUCGCCCCAGCUUGCUCUUGAACUCCAAUGAACUCCAAUCGCAAUCGGAAUCCUUUAUGGCCGCCACAAUGGUAACCGGAAACCAUUCGGUACAAGGCGAACUUAAGAGGAUGGAAAGUGCGGAAACCUUAGACGCAAUCACGGCAGCAGCAACUGCAGUUCCAGAAGCAGCAGCAGGUGUGUCAGCAGCAGCAGCAUCAGCAGUAAUAACAGCAGCAAUAGAAGCCACAGCAGCAACAUCACCGACACGGGAGCAACACAUGCUGCUCCCACGUCCCACAGCUGUGCAAAUGGCACGAAUAAAUGUACCAGCAACAAUAGAAGACCAAAUUGGGAGAGCAGUGAUUCCAAGCAAAACAAACAAGGCCGAGACACCAGCAACAUCAGCAACUACAGCAGCAACACCCACGCCAACGGCAGCAAUAAUGCCAGCAAAAACAAAGCGCAAUGGGGAGGACGGGACCAAUAAGCGGGUUCAGAGAGAUGGCAUGAAAUUCAAUACGGAUGCGGCACUAAGCCAGGACUAUGUAAAUGCCACAGAGGCGUGGCCAGCGACGACGACAACUGCCAAUAUAGUGGCCACCGCAUCGACCAUAUCGCCGGCACUAACGAGCACGGCGGAGAGGAUUAGUGGCAAGACGGUGCCCACGCCCCGAUUACUGGGAUCCGGAUCCGGGGCCAUGGGCUAUGGGGCGGGACGGUGUGGCCCAGAUCCUGGCCAAGUCCCUGGACAGCCCGCCACCGACCUCGUCCUCCGGCUGGCCGGUUAA